AUGUCUGUUCUGUUCUGCCCAUCGUUCAACACCUUUGUCAUCACAGACCCCUUUUUGCACGUAACUCGACUUAUACAUCAUGUCGCCAUGUCGAAGGAAGAACAGUCAUCAUCUUCCAGUCAAACGACUCCUCUAGGCCCCUCUAGCGGAUAUGUGUCUCCGCCACCCUACGAGUCACCUGUGCUGUCUCGCGAGCCUACGCCAGAGUCAGUGCAUGUCAUCGUCGAUCCACUAGAAAUGCCCUUCGGCACAAUGCCCGAAGAGGCAAAACCGCGGAGGUUCUUAUCCUCGUCGUGUUUCCCCUCGUGA